CAAAAACAUGGCAAAAUCUUCAUAAUUGCCUCACAAAAGCAUGGAAAUUGUCGGUCGGGAAUCUCCAAAUGAGCCAGGCAGGCGCAGUAGGUUAUUGCUUCCUGAAGACAUCAAACAUGUCUUGACCAAAAAUACUGGAACAGAAGCAAUAGAUGUCAUUGUUCUGGACUCCACUGUGUCUGGAGUAAAGGUGGACGUGAGUGCUAAAUCCUUUUCAAUGAUGAAUAGAUUGAGAUACCUUGUCAUUGAGAAUGGGAACCUAUUGAAUGGGCUUGAUUAUCUUCCUAAUAGUUUACAAAUUCUUAAAUGGACUGGGUAUCCCUUGAAAUCUCUCCCAGCGCAUUUCAACCCUGAGAAGCUACAAGAACAUAACAUGUGCCAUAGUUGCAUUGAACUUUUUCCGUUGGAAAUAGAGCCUUUAUACAAUUUGAAAACCCUUAAACUCAGCAACUCUUUGAAUCUUGUCAACACCCCAAACUUUCAAGGUAUGCCACAUCUUGAGCUUCUGUUUCUAGGAAGUUGUACAAGAUUAUGUGAGGUUGACCCAGGAGUUGAAGUGCUUGAAAAACUUACGAUACUGAACUUAAAAGAGUGCAAGAAUCUCGUGCAUUUUGCAAGCAGUGUACGUGGCUUAAAAUCUCUCAAAGUUCUUAAUCUUUCUGGUUGCUCAAAGCUUAAAAAACUACCAAAUGACAUGGGUCAUUUAGAAAGUUUGGUCAAAGUUGAUGCAAGUGGAACUUCUAUACGAGAACUACCUUGCUCUAUUGGGAUGCUUGAAGGACUUGUUUCUAUGUCCUUGAGAGAUUGCAAACAUCAUGUGUGUCUUCCAAGCAGUGUAGGUGGCUUAAAAUCUCUUAAAUAUCUCAAUCUUUCUGGUUGCUCAAAGCUUGAUAAAUUGCCAGAUGAGUUGGGUCUUGUUGCCUGUUUGGAGAAGCUUGAUGUGAGUGGAAGUGGCUUAAGAGAAGUGCCCUCCUUUAUUGGUCUUUUGAAGAACCUCGAAGAAUUAUCUCUUGGUGGAUGUAAAGGGCAGUCACCUAAAUCAUGGAAUAUGACGUCGUUCAACCCUUUUCAGUUUUUUCGAGAAAGAAGUCACAUUCCAGCAGGAUUGUCGUUGGCUAGUUUGUCUGGUAUGCAUUCAUUAACCAAACUGGAUCUAAGUGACUGCAAUCUUUCUGAAAUCCCCAGUGAUUUUGGAUGCUUGUCCUUGCUAAGAGAUUUAGAUUUGAGCAAAAAUCAAUUUGUUAGACUACCUGAGAGCAUUGGCCCAACUCUCUAGACUUGAAUUUAUUCACUUGAAUUGGUGCCGCAAGCUUCAGAAAUUGUCAAAGCUUCCAACUCGUUCAUGGGUAAACAUCAAUAACUGCAUUUCAUUAGACACAUUGUCCAAUCAAAUAGGAAAAUUGAUGGGGGUUGACUGUUUGAAAAUGGUGGAGAGUGAAAGCUGUAAGAGUACAGCACUUUCAUUGCUAACACGCUAACCGUGAUAAUAGAUUUCACUUUGUUGCUCCUGGAGAUGAAAUUCCAGAGUGUUACAGUCACCAAAGUGUGGGGUCCUUGAUAACUGUAGAGCUGUUUCCAGGUUGGUUUACUAACAAGUGGAUGGGAUUCACCAUCUGUGUCGUUUUUGGACCCCUCAAACCAUCCCAAGGCUCGGGUCUUAGGUUCGUUGGAUGCUACUUGAGAGCCAAUGGAAUCCAUGGGUCACGUUCCUCUAGCUCUUGGGGAAAAGUGUGGUCAACUUGUGUUUGAUCACAUUUGGUUCUUCUAUGUGCCCCGUGAUGGAUUCUCUAGAAAAUGCGAGUGGCAGGAUAUCUACUUUCAGCUUGAAUUCCUUUUUUUAUUGGACUGCGGUCUGCGGGUGAGUGAGGAAGUGUGGGGUCC